UUUGAUCUCUAGCUGUCAAAUUUUGCAAGUUUGUCGGCUUGGCAUUACGAGUUUAUCGAAAUUUUCCCCCAAAAAUUGCAAAAAUUCGCUUUAAAAGUUUGUAAAAAUGGAAUUUCCAUCAUAAAGCAACAAUCGCGUGAGAUACUUUUCCAUUUGAAGUGAUUUUUUUGUGUAGAACUCGGUGAAAUACGCUCUGCAAAAAACUUCAAACGCUCGGCAAUCGCGUAGCACAAAACUCCGGGAAAAAUGGACUUCUUCCGCAGUUCCAGCUUCAGCCAAGAAACGGCUUCGCUGUUCAUGGACGAGAAGAUUGCGUCCGCCCGUGGAAAGAUCAUCGAAGCGCUGAAUGAAUCCCUGACGGCCAACACCACACAGAAGUGUGAAAUCAUUGCCAAAGUGCAGGAACUGAUCAUCCACUCGGACGCGGAGCUGUUGUUGGAAUUUUUGGACAACAUUCUUGCGUUUGCACACGAUUCGAACCAGGAAGUGCGCAAAUCGGUGGCCGGAUUCAUCGAGGAAGUUUGCAAGGCGAACAUCAGCCAUUUGCCGAAGGUGGUUCAUAUUUUGUUCGCGCUUCUGCGGGACACGGCACCGAGCGUUACGAAGCGAGUAAUCCAGGGAUGUGGAACGAUCUACAAACAAGCGCUGCAGUGGAUUUGCUCCCUGUCGGAUAUCACGGAGGAAGUGGAGCAAGCGUGGAACACUUUAUGCCUGAUUAAGGCUUCGAUUUUGGACAUGAUUGACAAUGACAACGAUGGUAUUCGGACGAAUGCAAUCAAAUUCCUGGAGGGUGUGGUUAUCCUCCAGACCUACCCGGACGAGGACAGUAUGAAGCGGGAGAACGACUUUUCCUUGGAGAAUAUUCCGCUGACGUUGAAGAUUGCUCGGCGGCGGAAGCUGGAAGAUGAAGCAGGACAUAUUUUUGAGUUGCUGCUCCAGUUUCAUGCUGCUUCGUACAUUUCUCUGGUCAAUCUGAUUGCUUGUACGGGAACGCUAUGUAUCAUAGCAAAGAUGCGACCUUCCAUGAUGAACCAGGUGGUGGAAGCUCUGGCGAAUCUCCAUUCCAACUUGCCGCCCACUCUGUCGAACUCCCAGGUCAGCUCCGUCCGUAAGAAGCUCAAAAUGGAAUUCUUGAAUCUGCUGAAACACCCAGCCUGUUACGAACAUCAAACCAGCAUCGUUCAAAUCCUCCAGGACCUCGGCGCUUCGAACAGUGAAAUUGGCCGCGCCAUUCCCAAAUUGGACAAACGUGAACAGCAGCGUCGAGCCAAGCGAGCUCGGGAGAGUUCCAUGAAUUCCCAACUAGCCGCCAAAAAGGCCAAACUCGGCGAGCACAUGCGCCGAGAGAAAGAGCGAUCGGCGGCUGCGGCAGCAGCUUCGGAACCACGACAAAUGGAAAUCGACUACGAUGAAUUGAACGAGCAGAAGGCUCGCUCAAACGUCCUCAACGAGCAGUUCCUGAACGAUAAUCUCAAAAAGGUGGAAGUCGUGGCGCAGCUGGUAUUGAACAAUUUGACCAAGCUUCCACCGGAAGUGUCGCAGCAAUUCCUGCAGAGCUACACUCCGCUGCCCGCUGGAACCACCGUUCCGCAACAGAUUCAGAAAAUUGCGCAGCUCUUCGCACAGCAGAUGACCGACGUGCGGGUUGGCCCGGGCUCGUCGGCCAUGACCAAGGAACCUCCGAUGCGACCGAAAAUCAGCGACGAUGAAGAGCGGAGCAUCAUUCAGGGUCGCCGCCGAGACUUGGACACGGAGAGCCUAGCCGACGAAGAUGCCGACAUGGAUGACACCGAGCUGGACAAGCUUCCGGAAGAGGAACGGAAGCGUGCCGAAAACACCAGGAAGCUUCGCGAAACGCUGGAACGCGUCAAGGGAGGGGAACCCAAGCUGAAGCAAAGGGUCAAAGCUUUCGGUCUGCAGGAUAUCACCAAGCCACAACCGGUCAAUUUGAAGAACAAGUUCCUACUGGAUGCCGUACGGAGGAUAUUGAAGGCCGAGAAGCAAGCUCUCAUCGGAGGGGCUGCUUUCAAGCGGAGGCGUAUCAUAACGGUAUUUGGGUCCUGCUUCAUGCCGUCGGUGCGAAACGUGAUUCUGGAGUUCAUUUACGACGAUAUCAAAAAGCGAAUGGACUUGGCUUUUUCGUGGAUUUUUGAAGAGUACAGUCUCCUGCAGGGGUACACCCGACAUACGUACAUCAAAUCGGAGAUGAAACCGGAUUUCCCGUACACUCAGUUGGUUUUGAACCUGCUAACUAAUAUCAUGGAAAGGCAAGAUUUGCGCGAGAAAGAAUCGUUGCUGAAGAGCAUCUAUCUGGAAUCGCCGCUGAUUCCGGAUGAAGUCAUUAGCCUGCUGAAUCACAUGUGUCAACUAGAAGAAUUAGCAGAUUGCGGAAUGCAGAUAACAAAAGAUUUACUAAUUAGAAGACCACCGAAGGAGAAAGUUUAUUUGGAUAUUCUCUUUAAAUAUUCCGUCUACGAAAAUAGCAUAAUCCGUGAAAAAGCCAUCCACUAUUUAUUGCACAUUUAUUCGGUGCAUCGGAUUCUGACCGAUGAGAUGGAAAAACGAGCACUUCUGUGGCUUGGCUAUCUAGAGCAAGAAACUCCUCCAGAAGAUGUGUUCGCCUUCGAACUGGGUCGCUCGGAACUGCCGCGGAUGUGGACCGACGAGCUGGCCAAAACUUGCCUGGGGCUAUUUUUGGAGAUUCUCGUGUACAACCAGGAAAUGAUUCAUCGGUUGUCGGACGUCUACACCAAAACCACUUCGGACAUGAAGCGCGCGAUGCUAAGGGCCAUAGAAGUGCCAGUUCGGAAAAUUGGCGCCGAGAGCGAGGAGCUACUGAAGCUGAUCGAGAACUGCCCCAAGGGAUCGGAAACGAUUAUUACUAGGAUCAUCUAUAUUUUAACGGAAAAAUCCAUUCCCACCCAGGAACUUGUGAAUCGUGUCCGGAAUCUGCACCAGACCAAAGUGUCCGACGUGCGUCUACUGAUCCCCGUUAUCAACGGCCUUACCAAAAAGGAAAUUUUGGCCGCUCUGCCCAAACUUAUCAAACUGAAUCCGGUAGUUGUGAAGGAAGUGUUCAACCGAUUACUCGGCGUGGGAGCUGAGUACAGUAGCUCAAAUCUUCCGAUCACCCCAGCGGAGUUACUCGUAGCUCUGCACACCAUGGACACCAGCAAAGUCGAACUGAAAUGGGUAGUAAAAGCUACUUCGCUUUGUUUGGCCGAGAAGGAAACUUACACUCAUGACGUCCUGGGUAGCGUAAUACUUCAGCUGGUGGAAAUCACACCUCUACCGACAUUGCUGAUGCGAACUGUUAUUCAAUCUCUCACGCUCCACCCAAGAUUGGCCGGCUUUGUGACCAAUCUGUUGCAGCGUCUCAUCCUGAAGCAGGUCUGGAAGCAAAAAGUCGUUUGGGAUGGUUUCCUCAAGUGUGCUCAACGGCUAACUCCCCAAAGCUUAGGCAUCUUGAUUCAGCUACCAGCAGCACAGCUGCAAGAUGCACUGAACAUUUGUCCCGAAUUCCGAGAACCGAUGUUGGAGCAUGCUCGAGAAAUUAUGGAGCAUCAAAUCGGUCACGUCUCACAGGACCGCAUGGACGUUUUGUUGGGUAUUUCUUCCCAUGCACCGUCCGAGAGGACCGAGCUCCAAGUUGUUGCCAACUUUAACGAGGAAAUUCCAACGACUACGCACAUGCCUGUGAUAAUCAAACAGGAAAAGGACGUGGAACGUCCGGAGCCAGCUCCCCCUGGAAUGGAUUGAACAGGGGUCGUACAAGUAGUGUGUUGUUAAUUAAUUAUUUGAAUACUAUCGUAAUAAAGUAUGAUUCAACGAGUA